CACUGCCACACCAUGACCGGGGACAAGGGCGACGACUGCACCGCCGCCGCCAAGCCGAGCCUCGCGGACGAUGCACCGCGCUCGCCGAAGGCGACUGUGGACACGGAGCCUACGACAACAGCCAGCAGCGCAACCAGCUCGCCAGACGUCGCGGCCACCCAGCGCCCGACGACUGCAACAUCGUCGUCGGGCAAGCGUGCGCACAGCAGCCUUGCAAGCGCUUCGCCCAUGACCAAGAAGCCGCGCGUGGACGACCUGCGCUGGAGCGUUCUCAAGUGCAGCAUGACGACGUCGGUCUCGAACGACAAGCAGACGAUGACGACCAAGAAGAUCAUGUCCGACUCGUGGAACUGUGUCAUGGCCGGCACGCCAGCUGACGUCUUUAGCGUCCGCAUCGACGCGCAGGGCCAAGACUCGGACGAGAACACAGACUUCUUGCUUUGCUGA